GUGAGCAAGCGUAAAUCAUCCCUAAGAACGAGGCCCGGACGUGCACUUAAAAUCGCGUGGUAGUUGUGAUUAUCGUGGCAGUUUUAUAAUUUGAGCUUUUAUCGAUACGUUACGCUAUAUUUUAUACGGAAAGUAUGUUUAUGUGAUAAGAUGUUUUAAAUUCUCGUACACCUACAUCGGAGUAACGGUACCUAGCGUUCGUCGAUCUUUAGCGUGUUCACAUUUACACGGGGCUAAUAGUACAGGACAUCGUUAUAUUCAAAUAUUUUAAGACAUAUCAUGGAAACAGGAUAUUUAAAUUUUCAUGAUGAAGAACACUUUACUGAUUUCUCAUUACCCAUGGAGCAGAAUUUAAUGGAGAAACCUCAAGAUUUGUUAAUGCACAUGGUUGAAAAUGAUUUUGAUUAUAUGGAAACACAUCUUGACAUUGUAAAUUCCGAUAGUUUAUGGAGCAAUGAACAUGAACGUACAGAGGACAUGGAUGAAAUAUCAAUUUCAGAAAUUCCUACAAUUUCUAAAAUUGAUAAUAUUAAAGAAGAUUUUGCAAAAGUUCUUACAGAUUGGCAAGAACACAUUGGCUAUUUACAGGCCACAGACAUGGACGAAUAUAUGGAUGUAAUAGGAUUAUGCAUGAAUACUACUGAUAAAAAAAGCUUUUGCAUUUCAGAAAGUGUAUUACAAGAUGAACAAUCAAUACUCACUUUAAAACCUAAUUAUUUAAAAACAAAUCAAAAGCAUUUAGAAAAGGAAUCUCUUCAAAGCAGUCAGAGUACACAAGAAUCAGAAAGCAGUACUAAAGAUAUAGAAGAGAUAAUAGAACAGAAUCCAUAUCAUAAAAUAAGUGAUUCCAUAGAAAGUGGGCAUAAAAAAAUAGAAGCAGAACCUAAAUCACUACCAAAAGAGCCCAAACAUACAAAAAAGGAAAAUAAACAGAAAAAGAACGUACAUAAAUGUGAUAGCAUAGGCAUUGAUGUCACUACAAAUGUAUUAGCAAAACAGAAGAAGAAUGAAAAUUCUAUACAGCAUAAUAACGAAUCUAUUCCAAAUCAUUUACCGGUUUUGGAAGCGGGAACCGUAGAAAGUUUACUAGAACAGUUUGAAGCUUCCGAAAAUACUGCAAUAUCAUAUACAUCUCCUAAAAUUAGUACAGGAUCUGAACAAGAUUCACAUAUUAAACCUACUAAGACUCAACAACGUGUAAAACAGUCCGGAAUCACCACAAAAAGAUCACAGAUUUCAAAUCUGCAUAAAAAUAUUAAAGAUGCUUUGCCUAAAGGAGUGAUUGAAAAGAUAAAGACGUCGGGGCGUAAAAAGCUGAUUUCAAUAAUACCUCCAAUGUCGAAUGCACAAAGCAGUGGUCGCAGCAAUGGAACGCGCAUGCAAGAUGCGGCUGCAACACUUUCUCGAAAUAAGCUUCUGAAAAUAGUGACAAAUAAUACUAAAAGUAGAGCGAUUGAUGGUGGACUAGUCCAUUUGGAUCAUGAUUAUUGUAGUAGUAGCAAUUCCUCCUCCAGUAGUUCAGAUAGUAAUUCUGAGUUUGAAAGACAAUUUAAUGGCAGUGAAAAAGCAACUGCAUUUAAGGAUGAUGGCUGGCAACCAUCUAAUUCCUAUACAAUAAACGAGAAACAAAUAACUUCGUCACAUUUGAACAAAACUGUAACAAAAAGGAGAGAAUAUUCGACUGAAAGCAGUGCAAGUAAAGAUAAUAGUAGUUUAGAAUCAAACAAAAUAAGUAAUAAUAACGAAGAGUCGGGAGUUACAGUAUUCAAUGAUAUUCAAGUCGAUGGAGAAUUGCAAAAUGAAACUAAGGAAGAAACGACAGCAGAACAAGAAAAUGAUCAAAAUAUUAAUAGCUCAAGUAACAUAUCAAACUGUACUGGCCAAGUUCACAGUGAGACUUUAAAUAAUUCAACGCAGCAAAUGAAGAUACGCUCGGCUUUAGCAACAAGCAUUUUGCAAUUACAACGGGGUGUUUUAAGUAAAACGAAAACUGUAAAAACCGGGAACCAGAAAGCAAAACAAAUGGUUUCCGUGUUAAAGAAACCACUUAAUAUACAAGUACCAGUUUUAAUGACUACCUCUAACGAAAGUAUAAUAACUAUUUCUAAUGGAUUAAUGGACAAAGUUCACAACAUCAUCGUUCAAGACACAGAGCAAAGAUUUCCAAAAGAAGAGGAGAAAAAGCUUCCUCGUAGAAAGCUGAAUUUAGCAGAAUACAGAAGUAGAAGAGAACAAAAUCGUAGUGAUAACAGUAGAACAAAUUCACCGAUACAACCUAUGGCAUUGAUAUAUGUUCAUCAUGCUUCUACUACAACUGAACCUGUCAAAGACGAUCUUGGAAAUCUGAAUUGGUUGGAAAGGGAAAUUGUGUCGGUUUUAAAACCAAAAGCAGACAUAGACGAAGAAAAGCUUCGUCCGAAACCAGCCACUUGUAAUGUAGAAAUACAAACUUAUGAAACUGUAUUCGAAUUUCCUCCAAAGUCUUCGAUUAAUGUUGACGAAAGGCACGAGGAACAAAGAGCUAAACAUAUUCCAAAUACAAGUCAACAGUCUUGUAGGAAACACAGAAUUAGUUCUAGUUCAAGCCGGUCUAGAUCAAGAAGUAAAAGUAAAAGUAGCAGUAGAAGCAGAAGUAGAAGCAGUAGUAGUCGAAGCAGAUCUCGCAAACGAAGCAAUACACGUCAUCGCAGAAUAAGCCAUCGUCGUAGCUCUGUCAGUUCAAGUAGUAGUUGGUCGUCUCGUUCACGUUCACGUUCAAAUACUAGAUCUACUUUCAGUUCAGGAUCGAGAUACUCACGAUCACGUUCUAGAUCAUCCAGAUCGAGGUCGCAGGGUUCCUCUGAAUAUUCUAGCUGUUCAAGAUCUUCGUCUCGUUCAAAUUUCGGAAGAAGUAAAUGGUCGAGUCGGCGGAAAAAAGAGAGACGCUAUCGUAGAAGUUAUGACAGACAGAGACGACAUUCCUCGAGUAGUUAUCGUAGUUACAGAGAUUGGAGAAGAUCACCGUCGAGUUCAUAUCGGAAAGCGUAUGAUACUUGGUACGAUAGAGAAAAACAAAGACAAGUGGAAGAACGAAGGGUGAUCUAUGUCGGUCGUUUAGACGAAGGAAUAACUAAAGCUGAUUUGCACCGAAGAUUUGAAAUCUUUGGCCCUGUUGUAGACAUUAGUAUACAUUUCCGCGAACAUGGCGACAAUUACGGUUUUGUAACAUUUGCUUAUAAAAAUGACGCGUACGAGGCAGUAGAACAUGGUAAUGAUGACCCAAGUUUACCCAGAUAUGAUUUAUGUUUCGGUGGACGCCGAGCUUUUUGUAAAGUGAAAUAUGCUGACCUUGAUGGCAUGGCAAGCAGCUCUCCUAGUAGUGCGCACAUACCACAGACUGGCGAAGAUAACACAUUCGAUCUUUUAUUGAAGGAAGCAAAAGCUAAGUUGCGUAAAAGAAAGGUUUGACAUAUGUACUAUUUAUUAGUCAUAAAUGUAAUAUAAAAACUAGUACAGAUGUCGUUAUCGAUAAUAUUCCAAACAAAAGCAGACGAAAUGGUGUAUACUAGUACUCUCCACCAGUUGAAAUGUAGUAAGAAUUACAACGUGAUUGUUACAGAGUGUACAUGACUGUUGCGAUAAUUUUCUGUCAUCUGUAAAAAAAAUGUACGACUUGACAGCUAUAUAUUUCGAAGUAAUCACAAAUCAAUAGUAUUGAAAUGUACAGAAUGUCCCACUUAAAUCUGAUAUUUUCAAUGAUAACGAAAGUAUUAAAUUUCGUUCAAUAUGAAAGUCUGGUUAGUUAACAAUGUAUAAUUAUAAUAGGAUUAUUUUAGAAUAUUCUCCUUAUUUUUAUUAAUAAUUUAUUGAAGUCAUUACAAUAUUAAUUACGAAUUUCGUAAAUGAUAAACACAUAAGUGCGUUAAAUAAAACAAAGUGACUGUAUUUCAAAAGUGUUUUAACUUGUAAGGUAUGAGUUAACAUAUACAAUGUUGCUCAAAACGCAAUUUUCACGUAGAGAAGUGAAUGUAUUUUCGUUACCUUUGGAGGUGCUGUAACUUGCUACAAUGACGUGUAUGUAGAACAUAUUAAAUUCACAAGAAGAAGGAAGGGGAAUCAUGAUUUUUCGAACGGGCGAAUUUUGUUAUGGGACCCAGAUUAUAUUAUAGGGGUCGAUGUCGAUCUAUUCACCUUUGUAAGAAACAUUGGGUAUACAUUAAUAAUUUUGUUAAAAAAUUGGAAAUUUUACAUUGUGCUAGUUUUGAAAAUAGAAAAAAAACUUCACUCCGUUCUCGAUAAUAUUCGCGGAUAUAGAGCCUGGUAUAAAUGGUUCAAGGUAUGAAAGUUUUAGUUUCGAAUCCGGUAUGGACCUUUUGCUUUUUUUUACUUUUAAUUUUUAUCAAAUUGCUCUUUGCUACUCGUCUUUUCAAUUUAAUAUAAAAUGUAAAGUGUGAAAUAAUACAACACUCUUAUUAACAUCAUGUACUUUUUGAUUAUUUAACAUAACUUUAUAGUAUUAGUUGGCAAACGUAAAAAUACACGUAUACGAUACACACGAAGUUAAUAGACGCGCGAAUAGUUGUGUAAAUACAAUAUAAUGCAAAUAUAUACACAUGUUAGUGUGGCCCGCAUUGUUAUCCCAUUUAAAUCCCUUUCAUUGUGUCACUGAAUCGAGAUCGUAUUGACACAAUAAAAGGGCAAAAUAUUCUAAUUUAAUAGUUCAUCUUAUUUCUUAUUUUAACAAAACUAAGAAUAGUAAGACACCAUUGAUUUUGGAGGUAACGUCGACUAGCGUGGAUAACUUAGUAACAAAAUGAAAGGAAGAAAUCGUGACACGAUGAAAGGAUUUAGUUACCAGCGAAUCUAUGUAGACUAUAUAUAAUAUAAUCGAAAUAAAGCUGUUAUAACAGCUGGAGAAUAGAACUUAAAUGACGUUUAAGAUUGUUUUGGCAUACGGUUUACGAAUAUGUAUAAAGAGAAAAGACAAAGUUCUGGGUGCACCAUAAUUUUAAUAACUUUUUUACAAGUGAACAGGGUGGUACUCCCUUAUGUUGUGUUGAAACAAAGAAUCGAGUUGCGUUAUACGGAAUCAAAACUUGUUUAAUUUAUCAUGGAGAGUUGAUACUCGAUCGAUACCGUAAAAUUAAAUAUUAAAAUGUUUUAAUACUAUGUAUAUGAAGCUGCCGAUACUUUUUAAAUUUAUUAUCAAGUUAACACACAACACA